AUGGGCUCCCGGCCUGCACAUAACCUGCACCGCCCCUCCGUGCCUGCACACGACCUUCGCCCGCCAGCCUGCGCCGCAUCCGCCCCUUCUGACAAACAGCCUGCGCCCCGGGACCGUCUCAGCACAGCUCGGCCGGCCCUUUGUGCCUGUCGCAGCCUGCAGCGGCCUCCGCGCCUCCCUCAAUCCUGCACGAAUCCUUGCCCGUGCUGCCCUCCAACUAUGGCCGGGACGACGCGGGUGCAGGCUGGACCAGCUCCCCCGGCGUCGGCGAUGAUGCCAGGCCGGCGACAAGGGAGCCUUAUCUCGCCGGCCGUAAGCGUGGCACCCGGCGCAUUCGAGUGCUGGAAACGUGCGCUCUCUAUUGGACAUAAAAAGAGUCCGGAUGCAUUGGCGUCCCCUCGCCCCGCCGCCCGCACGCCCGUUCUCACAUCCCGCAGACACGCCUCUCGCCCGCCCUCGCGCCCUCGCACUCGAGCGCCACUAUCGCCUCCAUCUCCGCCGGACACAAAGCGCCGGACAAACACGGCGGCGGAAGGCAUUGGCAAACAACGGGGCGGAGCCAGCGCCGGCGGAGGGCACGGCCGCUCAGGACCCGAGGCCGCGAGGGAACACGACUCCACGACCUCGGACGGGCCGCCCUCGCCUCCCUCGCCCUUGGCUCCCUCGCCCUCGGCCUUCUCGCCUCCCUCGCCUCAAGCUCCGUCUUGCUUGGAGGACUUUUUCCUUUUUCCGUCACGAGGGACCUCUCAAGGAACCUCUCAAGGAACCUCUCAAGGAACCGUCUACGAGGAACCGCCCUCAAGGAAGCGUCCUCGAGUCCCCCUGGCGGCCUUGUCUUGCACCUGCCAUUCCUUCGUGGCGCUUCGGGAGGCAGACAAGUCCCAGGAGGCACGCGUGCGGGAUGUCGUCUCCUGA